GGUCUCCAGUGAUGGCCGGAGGUCUCUUUGCCGUCAACCGUCGGUGGUUCUGGGAGCUGGGUGGCUACGACACUGGCUUGGAAAUAUGGGGCGGAGAGCAGUACGAGAUAUCGUUCAAAGUAUGGAUGUGUGGGGGCAGUAUGUACGACGUACCAUGCUCCCGAGUAGGACAUAUCUACAGGAAAUACGUCCCCUACAAAGUGCCGUCCAAACAAGCCUAGCCAGAAACCUGAAGAGGGUGGCUGAGACAUGGAUGGAUGAGUACACAGAGUUCAUCUACCAGCGUCGUCCAGAGUACCGCCACCUGUCCACCGGGGACCUGACGGCCAGAAGGAGCUGAGGAGACACCUCAAGUGUAAAGACUUCAAGUGGUACAUGAACGCUGUGGCCUGGGACCUGGCCAAGUACUACCCCGCUGUGGAGCCGCUGCCUGCCGCCUGG